GGUCGCAGUCAUACGUCAUGAGCAACAUGAUAUAAUAAUUUGUAUUAUUUGCAUAAUAUAUCAUGUCUUUAAAUAAUAAAUGUAUUCUUUAAAGUGUUUCCAAUGUAUUAAGUGUGUUUUUAAUUAAUAUUAAACUAUAAGCAAAUAAAUACAAAACAUAUACCUUCUUUUUUCGUUCAUCGAAUGCAUGACAAGUCUACACUACAAUUUAGGGUUAUACACACUCAUGAUGACUCAACAAUCAAUUGCCAUGUGCAUUAUACUAGGAUUGAUGCCAGUGUACGGAUUCAUAGCCUAUGACUGCAAUGAAAAAGGAAUAAAUGUAGCAUCGUUCAACAGCUUAGAAGUUGACCACUGUAAGACUCCACCACCGGCAACAAGCACGGAAGUCCCAAGAAUCAAACUAAUCCAAAAGCCUGACACUAGCACAAUAUCCUUCAAAUCAUGUCUUAUUUCAGUAGACUAUUUAAUCACUAAAUGUGCAACGUCUGAUGAUGCCCAAGUAGUAAAAGACGAAUAUUUCUCAGAGUUAUUAUUGUUGGGAAACUCAGGUUGCACAGAACUCCACAGAUCUUCAAUAUUUAAUUUCCCUACAGGUGGCAUUAUAAUAGAAUUAAAAGCCAAUGAAACCACGUGGACUACACACACCAUAGCUGGUAAUAUCGACAAAAAUGGGAACUGUCGAGGAACAUCAUAUUCUACUGAUAAAGGAUCGUGGAAUAAUGUUGUAGUUCAAGCUAACUAUAAAAUACUAUUAAGUGAAGGCGUUGCAAACAUUAUUAGCAAAGAUGACUUAUUAAUUUUACCGACAGGAACUAAAAUGAAACUAUCAGAAAUGUAUGGAAUAGAUCCAUACAGAGGUGAAAUAAUCUGGGAUAAUAGUAUUAUAUAUCAAAAUUGUGACACUCAGAAUUUCGAUGUAUUGUAUGAUGGUACUGCCACAUUAAUGAUUUCAGAACAGACACUAGAAAAUGCGUUACAAACACAUACUUUCUUAAUUCAAUCUGAAAACAUAGUUUUCACUCUAAAACCAAUAAAAAGAACACUCGUGUGCAAAGUACCGGUCAUACAAACAGAGCACCCACAAUUAUUCAUAUUAGAAGACAGUACAUUUAUGCAUUAUUUCUUCACCAAAAAUAUUUUAUCUCAAAACAUGGAUCUCAAAUUAUCAUAUGUUAACACAAAAUUUGUCUACAUAAAAAACUCCUUAGAAAACACAAUAACUUCAUUAUACAAUGAAUUAAUAAGGACGCAAUGUGAGAUAGAAAGAACACAAUUAUUGUUUAAAUUAUCAUUAGCCACAUACAGUCUAGACGAAUUUGCAUAUGCUAUGGGACAAGGUCCAGGAAACAUAGCAAUAAAAUCAGGCGAAAUAAUUUAUUUAAUAAAAUGCAAACCAGUCGAUGUACAAUAUGCAGAACAAACUGCAUGUUAUAAUGAAUUCCCAGUAACACUUAAUAAUAAAACCUACUUCAUGGCUCCAAAAACAUAUAUCCUACAAAAAUAUGGCACACAAAUUGAUUGCAAUGAAUACCUCCCAGUAGCAUUCCGUUUUCAUUCAGAUUGGUAUACAAUUGCACCAACUCUUAGAGAAAUUGUAAAACCACAAACAUUAAAACCUUUUACAUCAUGGACCUGGAACCACAUAAAUCUUGAGUAUUUAAGAAAGGAAGGAAUUUACUCUCGAGACACUAUGGCAGCAUUACAAAAAUAUCAACUACUACCACAAGAAAUUCAGACGGUCCAGAAAAAUAUUGCCCGACAAUCCAUGGGACAUUCAUACGUAGACCAAGGAUUACGUUUAAAAAGCUUGAUUGAUGAAAUUACCAUAUCAAAAACAAUUGAAGACAGAAUGUGGGGAUGGUUCACUAUAUUCGGAACCUGCAUUUCAGGACUCUUAGGCAUAUUUUAUAUCUGGAGAGCAAUAUCAAAAUUAAUAAAAAUCAGCAUUAAUACAACCAUAUUUUACCAAACUUCUGGUUGUUGUUUAAGACUCCUAGCAGGAAUAUUCCCCAGCACAGCACCCUACAUUAUACACAAUUUACACAAGAAACAAGAUGAAGAAGUCAUUACUAUUGAAAAAGGGACAACAUUGCCUAAUUUUCAAAUAAAACACACGGAAAAAAUAAAAACAAUCCCAAGAAGAAAAAUGUCGGUCUAAAAAUGGGUCCAUGAACCAUCGAUGUUUGUAAAAAAUGGAUAAAUUAACACUCACUGUAACCCUUUCUACACUACUUAGUGAUUUAAUAGUUCAAUACCUAGCAUUAAGGUAGUCUACUUCACAUCAUAUCAACUGAAUACCAAGGUACUUAAUACGUAUUCAAUAAGUUGAAAUACUUUAUACAUUACAAUGGUAACUAAACGUCUAAACAUUAGAUAAUAAUGACACAGAUAACUUGUCGCGGUUCAUCUGCUGCGGCUCGAUCGCUAUGUGUGGCCCGGCCAUAAGUGAAACCGUAGAACAUGCAUGUUAAUAUUAUUAUCUUUUGAUUAAUUUAGAUUAUUUUUUUAUUUUAUAUUAUUAGUUUUAACUAUUGUACCUACUACCUACCUUUAUGAAUAUUGAUCUAAAUAUCUAAAAAGUAAAAAAAUUAAGUAAUAUUUAUGUAACUGUAAAAACACAUAGGUUAGACACAUUUAGAUACCUGCGUAACAAAUACAACAAGAAACUUUAUAAUUAUUUUAUACAUAUUCAUAAUAAAUUAUAAAUGUACAACUAAUUCAUAUUAAAGUAUUAAACACAUAUAUAUCUUUAGGUUCAUUAAGUCUAGUUUUAGAUCUACAUAUGAAAUAAUCAAUUAAAUGUAUACUUAAAUGUGAAGUAUUUUUAUUGUAAUUUGUUUGUAUUAAAUAAUAUUGUAGUGUCUUUAUUUAUACACGGCACAUACUAUUUUUUAUUUUUACAAGUGAUAAAACAAUUGUUAAUAUUAAUUAAAAUAGCGUUGGGCAUGCCCCCCCCCUCAGACAUAACUGAAGGUAUAUAGGUUAUUAUGAGUCUUGAGAGCAGUUUUUUUAGGUUUUUACUUGUAUUUUUUUGGCUUUACAGUUUAUGCCAAACUGUUUAGCUCAACAGGGAUAAAUAAACUGGAAAAUUUAUCAGUAGGUAUCUACAGAAUUUGUAGAAAAAAUUUAUAUUGUAUCUUACAGCAUGUUUUAAAGAUUAAAGAAUAUUCAGGCUGUAUUUCGUAUUUAAGAAUAUAUUGUAUUAUUUGUCCAUAAGUCAUAUUUGUUCAUUUCUUGAGUUAAAAUAGUUUGUCAGGCGAAAAAAAUGUUUUCAAUUUAAAAAUGAAAGAAAUUGUUCCAUAAUAUGUUUGUAAUUAAAUUGAAAUUAUUUUUAAUUGUUUAAUUGUUGUAAGUGCGACUGAAUUUAAAUAAUUUGCCAAAGAAAAGGUAGCAAUAAUCAAUUUCAAGUUUAAGCACAUCAUUACAUAUUUACAUGGUACAUUUUUAAAUUAUUUGAUGUAAAAAAAAAGCAUAUUUUGCCAGUUAGAAGAUUAUUAAGAGAAUAUUUUAAGGUUUUUUUAGAGCAUAUUAGAAUCAUAUUCUAAACUUAAUAAGCACCUAAUAAUCCACUUUUUAGACUUAUGACUGUUCAAUCCAUUUUUAAGAUGGGAAAAAUAUUGAAAAAUUUUGAGAAAAGCACUUAAGUUUUGCGGAACCUUGAAGUGAUCUCUUACAUAGUUUAAGAAACACUGAUGUAGAUUAAACUCAUAUGAUGCAUAUUUACUAUAACUAAAUAUAUAUAUACAUAAAAUAGCUUUCACUGUUUGAACAAUCACUAAAACAAUAUAUCAUAAUCAUAUCAUGAACCUAAUUUUGUCAAGUAUCAUUAUAAAUGUAUAAUUACAAUCUUCAAGAAAUGAAAAUAUCAUAUAGUAGGUAUACCUAACUAAUUAUAACUUUACGGAUAUAUGCUAGAAAGGGUCAGUAAUACAUGUACAAAACAUUAAUAAAUGCGAGAAGUAACCAAUAAGGUAUAAAAUAAAUAAUACUGAAAU